AUGGACGGCCACGGUCACUGCCAAGAGAACCAACAGCAGCAGCAGCGCCAGGACGGCGCGGUUUCACCUGAGUCUCAAUCGCCCGCCCUUUCUUUCGGUGGACUGUCGUAUGAAGAAUGCAGGAGCGUGUUCUUCUCACCCAAUGCCCGUAGCUCUACCGACCCUCAUCUGCCAUCUUUCUGGUUCCCUCCUACCACCCACCACACUGCUGUCCUCACUUCCACUGCCGCCUCCAAUGCUCCCUUCUCCAGGUCGCCUUUCUCCGCUGCCACUUCUCCCCCCAAAGUUGCUGCUCUCCCAAAUUUCAUUCCUGUUCCCAAUACCGCCGCUCUCUCAAAUGACUCUGUGGCGACCAACACAGCGACAUACGCCAGAGCAGCAGCGCUCAGCCUGCCCACGAAGAGAGCACGGGAGGAGAUGAGCUCUCUCACGGCCAACCAGCCCCUCCUGUCGAAUGCCUCCCGGGAUGAGCUUGGGCUGCCUCGUCAUGUGGCACAGCGGCCUCAGUCUCUAAGGGAGCUGCUUCAGCUGCGCGGCGAGAGGUGCCGGAAGCAGCAAGCUCUGUGGCCUGCCGUGGGGUCGGAGAGAGCCUGGUUUGCCCAUCUGCUGCUGGAGGAGCGUCGCCAGCAGCAAGGGGAGAAUGGCGCGGUGCAGCGGGUGUUGUGGCCGCGCGUUGGGUCGGAGAGUGCCCUUCCAGACGACGUGCUGCUGGGGUGCAGCAGCGACGACCCCGCCUUCAUCCAGCGCUCUGCUCUGUCUGCUCCUCCGCCCACCCAGCCACACGCAGCGCUGCCAGCUCCAAUGCCCUCCCAACUCGCUGCCGGGCCUUAUUCUGCUCCGUGCAUUGAUGAUUCCAAGCCCUGCAUUGGCGAUUCCAAGCCCUGCUGUGGGGAUGUGGCUCCGUGCGUUGAAGAUGCGCCCCCUGCUGACGCCCGUGCUGCUGUACAGCAGCUGGCCCAGUCCGUCGACUCCUGCACCCAGGAGCACGGCAACAGCUACGCGCAUGACAGCAAGAGCGAUGUGCAUGCACACGGCAGCAGUAACCACGACAUCCCAGUGCAGGGCAGCAAUGUGCCCUAUGCCAGGAGCGAGAGCCUCUUUCUUGACGCGCCCGUCUCCCACCUGUGCCUCGCUGAGCCUGGCCCCUCCGUGCCGCGGGCAGGUGGGAGCCUGGCACCCCCAGAAGGUGGGGUGGGUCUGCCAGAGCGGGUGGUGGAGCAGCGAGGCACCCUCGAGGGAGGUCCUGAUGUGAUUGCCUCGCCAAGCCUCAUGAAGCCAGCGGUUGAUCCUUGUUUUAAUGUGGGUGAUGCCCUGGGAGGUGAAGCUGCUUCCUGGGAGAGCUCCUUCCCUCCCGGGCUCAACUCAGAUGUGCCUUCUGCAAGCAGUCUGCUUGGGCUCGGAGAAACAGCUGAUUUGAAGGUGGAGGACGGCUGGAGAAUGGACAUGCCUGGUGUCAACUCUGCCGAGGGACCUGCCACCCCUGGUGCUGCUGGGACAACUGUGACAGAGUGGGCGGUUGAGCAGGGAGAAGCUGGGGAGGGAGGUGCUGAGCGGCACACGCAGCAGAAAUUUCCCACCCAGGAGGGCAUGCAUGCGCAGGGGAAGGCCUGUCAGUGCUUAGAGCUUCAGCGCAUGCUGUCGCUGAUGGCACACACACCAGCCACAGCUGCAUUCACAGCCGCCGCCACAGGAACUCCCACAGCUACCAGCACAACCGUCUUUGCUGUCUCCUUCCGCCACCAAUGCACUGAACGCGCCCUUCAACGCAAGGGGGCCACAAAUGCACGCUCCCUUACAACCGCACACUGCCAUGCUGCAGAGCCCUUCUUCCCGGGUGCUCUGUCAGCUUUGUGCAACCCCAUGCUCCCUUCGUGGCCUGACGUGGCCGUUACAUCAGGAGGUGAUGGGAUGCCCUGA